GGAAGACACACACACACACGCGGGGCAGACGUCGACCGACAUGGCCGCGCGUAGCGUAGAAGAAGUGCUGGCGAAAGCGGAGCGAGAGGAGGCCGAGAAGCUCAAGAGUAUCACCGUCCACAAGGACCUGGACCUGGACUAUGACGUCGGCAACCUGCUCGCCGUCGACAAGAACCGCAUCGACGUGCGCGAGUUCAGGGAGCGCACGAAGGACGAGUUCCUGCGCGCGCUGGCCCGCGACAACACGCAGCUGCUCGUCAACCGCAUCUGGAAGGAGCCGACGGAGAGGGUGGCGGAGGCGGUGGUGGCCAAGCUGCCGGAGCCCACCACCGCCCUGCCCCGGGAGAAGCCGCCCCCCAAGCCCCGGCCCCCCACCAAGUGGGAGGAGUUCGCCAAGCUGAAGGGCAUCCAGAAGAGGAAGAAGACCAACCUGGUGUGGGACGACACCGCCAAGGAGUGGAGGCGGCGCUGGGGCUACAAGAGGGCCGGCGACGACACCAAGGACUGGCUGAUCGAGGUCCCGGUGACGGCGGACCCCGACGAAGACCAGUUCGAGAAGCGGCGGAAGGCCAAGACGGAGCGGGUGGCCAAGAACGAGCUGAGCCGCCUGCGGAACAUCGCCAGGGCGCAGAAGAUCAAGGUGCCCGGUGUUGGGCUGACCCCCACGGCCCAGCAGUCUCCCUCGGAGCUGUCCAGAGCCGUCGGCGUGGCCAAGACCUCCACCGCGUCCGCGGGCAAGUUCCAAGACCGCCUGCCCAAGGAGAAACCCCCCAGGAAAACGGGCAAGAAGAGGAAGUUCGAGCCCCUCAUAGGCGACUUCUCCGCCGAGAGGCGGAGGCAGCUGGAGCUGCUGCAGGUGAUGGACAGCAAGAAGCCGCGGCUCGACGUCACCCGGGCCGUCAACAAGCAGAUGCGGGAGGACGACAGGGAGGAGGCCGCGGCCAGGUCCAAGAAGGGCGCGGGCAAGAAAGGACGCAAGGGCCCCGGGGCCGGCAAAGGAGGGAAGGGCGGGAAGGGGAAGGGAGGCGGCGUGAGACGGGCCAAGCCGGGGAAGCGCUGAUCGGUACCCCACUUCCGGUCCAACUGUCUUCGGUUGCUGAGCUUUGAACAGACGCUGUGUGUGUGUCGAGCCGGUCCGGUGGCUCCGGUGCCGGUGGUUCGGGACGGACUUUUAAGGGACUGAUGAGAUUGUCACAGUGUCCAAGCCAAUUGACCCAACAUCAAUACGGAACAUUUGAAUAGAUACAUUGUAGCCUCCCAAAUUUGAUAUGCCACACCCCCCCCCCCUUCUGUGAACCACUGCAGUUUAUCUUCAUUACCACACGUUGCCGAGCUUACCGAGCAGCCGCAGUGCAGAACCCUUGAUGCAACACAACACGUAGUAUGGCAGACGGGUGACAUUAUAUUUGUGUUGAGGACAGAGACUAAUGCAACAACCUGAUUAUAAGGAUAUGUUAACGCAGCCCAGUUUUGUUUGUGUUUACGUCAUAUUUUUAUAUAUAUACAAUUUGACACCUGAACGGAGCGAUGAGUCGAGGGUUAUGACUUGUGUUGACCUGUUUUAAUACAACCUGAAGUUCGUAAGA